CAUACCGAAACUGUGGCUGUCUCUUAAACACGUGAGAUGACACUCUUCAAACAGUAGGUGGCGGUAUGCAAAUUAAAAGAUGGAUGUUUUUUCCAAUGGCCAAUAGAAGAAGAAGGAGAAGAGGAAGGAGGAAGUGUCCUCCGCAACAGAAGAUGGCACUGUUAGCUUCCGGCGUCAGUCGCUACGGUCCUCUCUUGAUGUUAAACGUUGACUGUAAACAUUAGCUGAGUCUUGUUUUUAAUCCAUGGUUUUAGGUUUUGAUUUUAAACUCGAUUACUAUUGUUAUUUUGAAUAUGUCUCGGUUCAAAUUCGUAUUUUUGGGGGGUGAACUUAAGGAACUAGCUUGCGUUGAGCUAAUGUUGCCGGACGUCAGGUUGCCAGUUUAGACAGUUGAGUGUCCAUCUCAUUACUGUGUAGUCGGGCAGGGCAGGUGAGAGACGGGGUGAAAUAAACACCAUGAUAAAAUAUCUGCCCAAAGAAGUCCAGGGGAAACUUCGCUCCGGUGUCGCCGUCCCCUCCCUCCAGCAGUGCGUGGAGGAGCUCGUGCUGAACAGCGUCGACGCGGGGGCGACCUGUGUGGGGGUCCGGCUGGACAUGGAGUCGCUCAGGGUCCAGGUGGUCGACAACGGUGCCGGGAUGAGCGGCGAGGACAUGCGGCGUGUGGGGAGCAGGUACCACACGAGCAAGUGCGGCUCCCUCGAGGACCUGGACAACCUCCGGUGGUACGGCUACCGGGGAGAAGCCUUGGCGAGUAUAAUGUCUCUGGCCACGCUCGUUGAAAUAUCCUCCCGGUCCAGGUCAUCGGUGAAAACACACGUGAAAGUCUUCAAGAACGGCGAAGGCUCGGCGGUGAUGGAGGCAGAGACCGCUCGGCCCUCGGCGGGGACCACCGUCGCCGUGUGCAACUUCUUCCACCGCAUGCCGGUGCGCCGGAUGCGGGUGGACGCCGUCCUGGAGGGCGAGAGGAUCAGACACCGGGUGGAGGCGAUCUCUCUGAUGCACCCUUCUGUGUCCUUCACCCUGAAGAACGACUGCACGGGGGCCAUGAUGGUGCAGCUCGCCAAAGCCAAGAACACGUACCACCGGUUCGUGCAGAUGCGCGGCACCGAGCGAGCGCAGAAACUGGGAGAGGUCGUGCACGCGCACGGGCAGUUUGAAGUGGCGGGUCACAUUUGCAGAGAGGGCCACUACAACAGCAGCUUGCAGUUCCUGUACGUGAAUGGCAGACUGCUGCUGAAAACACGGAUACACAAGUUGUUGAACCUGCUGCUCCGAAGGCUGAACAGUUGGAAUCAGAAGAGCGACAGUCCAGAGGGGCAGCCGCUGGCCAGGAGUCCAAAACACAAACGAGGCCAAGAGCUGCACGGGGUGUACAUCAUCAACAUCAAGUGCUCAUACUCCGAGUACGACAUCUGUCUGGAGCCUGCCAAGACUCUGAUAGAGUUCAAAGAUUGGGAUGGCGUUCUGCUCUGCACCGAGGAGGCGGUGAAGGCGUUCCUGAGAAGGGAGAAUCUGCAGGCUGUGCUUUCUCAAGAUGAUUUGGACCGCGUGCCUCCCGAACUCUUUCGUCCUGACAACGCAUCCCGAGAGGGGAACAAGGGCAGUCAGCCGACCGGCAGUGCUCCCACACUAGAUCACGGUAUUGUAAUUAAACUGGCAUCUGAGUCGGUUCAUCGCGCGCUUAAAGACGACUGUGUUUCAGAGGAUGGCGUUUGCCAGCAGUCUGGUCUGGUGGAGUGUCAAGAGGCCGGAGACGAGGCUGGAAAUGUACCUGCCGCUGAUUCGGAAGAGAUACAAAGUGAUCACUGUGUAUACGAAGACUGUAGGGAUGAGCCACGGUGUGCAGUCGCUCAACUGGAAGAAGAGGAGCAAUCAUUCAGUAAAGUAGAGGACGGUUCUCAGAUUGUAUGCAAGUCAAGUUCAGUCAGACAACCAGAGAGUGAAAAACUGCAACUUUCAAAAGAAACAGAAGAAAUACAGUUAAACAAUUAUACCUCUACCAGCAAUGUGACUUUACCGAACAGCAUCACUGACCAAAUCCAGCCUGACGUUAACGGUAAUGAGCAAUUAGUACCCGAUUGUCAGGGUGCAGUAGGACAUGGGCAGUCUUUGAUAAGGAACAGAAAAAUCAGUCUGUCUGAUCCAUUCAUUCAUCAGAGUCUGCAGACUCAGCAGCAAAAUCUAGCACAGAAACGAGAGGAGAGAUCCUUUGCAUCCAAGUGCAAAAUUUCACUUGUUGCAGGCCACGGCAGAUGUUCUCAGAGACGUUGCAACGACUUGGCUUCUAUCGUUCCCUCAAAGAUCCCCAGAAUUGAAUUUUGUCAAAGGUUGUCGUGGAAUGAGUCUGGAUCUCUUGACAAGUUUCGAAGAAUAUUUGGUAAGUCUGAUGAAUUUAAAUUAUCCUCUCUGGAGACUCGUUUACAGAACAGUGCUAAACUCCCUGAGACAAACAGCCUCAGCUUGAACCCCCAGAAUUUGUUGGUUUGCCAGAAAGAUGGUGAUGAUACAGAGGCACAGAGGAACAAUGAGACACAGAUCAGUCUCCGAAGCCCACCAGCCCUCUCCGUUUUCACCAAGCUAAAACCAGCUUCGGGUCACGAUGAAGGCAAAAGGUCUUUGGCAGCUAAACUCUGCCGUUUGAAACAACACGAUCCAGUGGGUUUCACUGGGUCUGGGACUACCUCACAGAGUAACACCUGUCUCAGCAGUGGUAAUGUUUUACGGGACCACAACGACGACAACAAGAAUCCCUGCGACACUGCACCGAAUCCUGAGCCGGUCUCAGGCUGCGACACAGUCCAUCAAUUGGUUGAGAAGCAAGAGGAUACGUCGUCGGGUGACUGGCUUCAUCACUACGAUACAUCUGUGGGAAAGACGGUCUACGUCAACAGAGUGACCGGGCUCAGCAAAUAUGACGACCCGUCGGAAGAAACACAAGUGCCAUGUACGUCUGAUGUCACCAAUAUGGCUGUUAGUGUCGUCUCUGAAACGGGGAUGGAGUACAGGUGUUACCCUUUUCAGGCGGAUCUAGUUUUGCCCUUCCUGCCUAAAUCCAGGACAGAGAGAGUGAUUAGUUCAGGGCUUGAUGACAGAAGUACUUCACAGAUGGACCUGAUUCUAGACUACGAUGGUGGCGAAAGCUCCAAUUCACUCUACUCAUUGUACUCAAAGUGGAGUAAUCCCGUGUUUGUCCGACCUCCUGCGGUCGGUGUGGACAUUUCAAGUGUGCAAGCUGAUGGACUGGCUGUGAAGAUCCAUAACAUCCUGUUUCCGUACCGCUUUUCCAAGGCCAUGAUUCAGUCAAUGAAGGUUAUUCAACAAGUGGAUAAGAAGUUUCUUGCGUGUCUUAUCAAUACGAGAGAUGAGGAACCUGCAGCAUUCACUGAAACUGAGGGAAAUCUUCUGGUGCUGGUGGAUCAACACGCUGCACACGAGAGAGUUCGUCUCGAAAAUCUUGUUUCAGAUUCCUACGAGGAUGACCCGGACGCAUCAGGAGAGAGACGUUUGCGUUCGUCAAACAUUUUACCACCUCUUGAGAUAAGUGUGACAGAAGGGGAGUCGAGGCUGCUCAGGUCUUGUCAGGCGCAUUUGCAGAACUUGGGCCUGGAAGUGAAGUUCUCACAGGCUGCCGAUCCACAAGUAUUUGUGGGGAAGGUGCCACUGUGCUUCAUGGAAAGGGAGAGUAAUGAGCUGAGGCGGGGCAGACCAUCUGCAAUCAAGCCUAUAGUUGAGGAGUAUCUUCGAGAGCAGAUUGAGUUACUCCGCACGACUGGUCGAGUGGGAGGAUCUUUGCCUCUCACUGUGAUGAAAGUGCUGGCCUCCAUAGCAUGCCAUGGUGCCGUCAAAUUCAAUCACAGCCUGAGCAGAGAUGAAUGCCACAGCUUGGUAGCGUCCUUAUCUUCCUGUCAGCUGCCCUUCCAGUGUGCCCAUGGCCGCCCGUCCAUUAUUCCCCUCGUAGACAUCCUCCAUUUGGACAAAGACCAGAAGGAAUUACAGAAACCAAAUCUCCGAAAGCUGAGAAGAAUGCACAAAGCAUGGGAACUAUAUGGAAAUGGAUAAGCGGAUGUGUUUUUUAUGUGUAAUUUGUUGGCAGCAAGAUGAAUUGUAACUCAAAACAAACUUAAUUUAAACGUCUAAAUUUAUCAAAUUCUUCCAAAUAAAAACGUCAUAGCAUUUUU